AAUCCAAUUAGAUAACGGAUUAAGUGUAGAUUUGGCGCAGGAGCAGAGGAGAGAGAAUGAGAAGGGGAAGAGAGAGAAGGAAAAGGAUGUGAGGGAGAGAGAGAGAGGGUGACGAAGGCUUUAAAUAAGGGCUCAUGGCCCGUGAUAGAAGAGGCAAAGCAGUAGUAGUGUCUACUUCUAACGCAUCUUGUAUUUCUCCUUCUUCCUUCGUUGACAGAGAGAGAGAGAGAAACAGAGAGGCUAUGGAGGGGAAGAAAUCAUUUGUUGAUGAUCUGUUCCCGAGAAGAGAAGCAGCGAAGUCUGAUAUACUCAGCUCCAUAUUCCCGCCACCAACAACUGGAGGUGGAAAGGAUUCUUCUCAUUCAGAUUUCAAUGGGACUUGGAGAAAACAGGGAGAAGGAAAUAGCCGUGGAAGCCCAAGCAAAAACCAGAGCUCGGGCAAGAAGUACAGCAACCCAGUCUAUCUUUAUGAACUACAAGAACCCUGUCUUAUGAGCUCCUCUGUGUAUUACGGUGGACGGGAUGACUUCAUUCCAGAAUCUUCCACCUCCAAUAAUUCCUCAACCUAUUUUAAUUGCAAAGCGGAUAAGGAGGAUGAUUCAGCCGAUACAGAUGUCGCGACGAGAGGGGAUUGGUGGCAAGGUUCGUUUUACUACUGAAGAUAUUUUCAGCGUCUGUGUUACAAUAGUUUAAUCCAUAACAGGUUCGUAUGUAACUGCUGCAAAUAAGAUUAAAAGGCUGCAUUAAAAAUCCAGCUGAUCAGAAGACCUCCACAUGCUGUUCUCUUAUAACUUUUGCUAGGAACAACUUUUUUGGUCUUUUAUGCCCUAACUUCAACCACAAGGAAGGACAAGGAAGGGCUUGUUUGUAAUUUGUCAGAGAUUUCUAUUAUUUCAUCAUAUCACUGAUGAUUUGAUGUAGUCCCCUUCUGAUUGGUCGAUUUUGAGUUCUUGUGCUCUAGUGUUGGAUUAAGUUAUAAUUUAUAUUU